AUGGCGCAUCGUAUCAUCAGCCAGGUCGUCGUACGUAUGAGAUCGCCAAAUGGACUGCGCUCAGAACUGAUGAGGUGGUAGCUGACCGGCGCUCGAGUAUUUGGGAGGGCCUUUGCCGAAGCGUGAGUAUACCGGACGAAUGUUCCACUUCGAUAUUGGCAUGGCAGUUGACGGUCUCCUCGCAGAUAUAAACAGGCUUCGGCGUCACAAGUAUAUACAACCAUGACAUCCUCGAUGACGAUCCGCUGCUAACGCCAGCAACCAGAAAUAUGCCCAAUCGAUGGCAAAUAAUCCAACAGCGGCGAACACAGUCUCCUCUUCUGGCCUGACGCUCGACGAAGCCUGCAAGAUCUUGAACGUUUCUCCUCCGAAAGCCGGCCAAGCCGAUGUCAGCCGCGUCCACGAGCAAUUCAAACGUCUUUUCGACCUGAACGAUCCGAAGAAAGGUGGCUCCUUCUACAUACAAAGCAAAGUGCUAAGAGCACGGGAGAGAUUAGAGCUGGAGGUACGUGAAGCGCACGCAGCGGCGGAGCGGGAAGCGGAGAUAAGAGAUGGAUGGAGACCCAAGCUAUUCAAGGACUGA